AGCUCGAUCCGUUUGGCGCAAAAAAAGUCGAUUUUUAACCUCUCUCAAUAAGUUAUUUUAUUACAAAACUUAUUAGGGACAUAAUGAUCCACAAACAAUAGCUGAUCGAGCUUCUCAACAAUUAAUUAUUUCAUCGUUAACAAAACAUUUUCCACAAUUAACUAUUCGUGGAGAAGAAAAUAUUAAAAUUGAAAAUGCUGAAACACCGGACAUUAAUGAUUUAAUUAAUAUGAAUUUAAAUGAAGUUUUACAAGCACAAUGUCCAAGUGAAUUCCAAGAACUACAAGAAAAAGAUCUUGUUGUAUGGGUUGAUCCAUUAGAUGGAACACGAGAAUUUACUGAAGGUCGAUUAGAAGGUGUAACGGUAUUAAUUGGUUUUGCUACUCAAGGUAAUGCUAUUGGUGGUAUUAUUCAUCAACCAUUCUAUACCGACGGCAAUGAACAUGGACGUAGUAUAUGGGGAAUUGUCAAUUCUGGUGUUUAUGGAAAAUAUAUACUUAAUAAUAAACCAUUAACUGGUCGUAUUAUAGCUGGAAGUUUAUCACAUCGUUCAGGAACUGUUAUAGAUGCUGUAAAUGCGUGUCAACCUACUGAAGUGUUGCAAGCUGGUGGCUGUGGAUACAAAGCUUUACUUGUACUUGAACGCCGUGUUCAUGCUUAUGUGCAUGCAUCACGUGGCUGUAGCCUUUGGGAUACCUGUGCGCCAGAAGCUAUUUUAAGGGCAGGUGGUGGUAUGUUAACUGAUGUUUUUGGUAAUAAAAUAUCAUAUAUGCUAACUAAUGAAACAUCUGUAAAAACAGGUGUUUUAGCAACAAUGGACAAUCAUGAAUGGUAUGCACAACAAAUUCGAGAAAAAAUUACGAUGUCAUAA